UCUCGUCCUCCUGUCGCUGCUGUCUUCCGGCUCCAGUGUCCGUCAUUUCCCCCUCGUUUUUCCCGGUAGCCCGUUCAUUUCGUUUCUUGUCGUUGUACAACCUCGCGGUAUCUCUCUUCUCGUUCAAAGUGCCAGGCCACUUGCAUUUCAUCCAAGGUCAUUAAUAUUUCAAAACACACUCUCUGCCGGCCGUUCUAAUUCGAUCACGGUUCACCCAAGGGCCGUUGUCUCUCACUGUGCUCGGACGAGAAACUGUGUUUAUUUCCUAAUCGACAAACAAAAGACUUCCCUGUCGGCGCCCUUGCUUCUGGGUCACUCGGAUUGUCUGAGGACUCAUAUUCCGUGAUGGCCUGGGCCUUCCUUCUGUCUUGGCUUCUCCUCGCCUUGGUAAGCCAUAUUGUACAAGCCUCACCACGCGCGAUGAACCUCAGAUAUGCCCCUAUAUCACCCCCGAAGCCCACGAAGGCCCCUUCAAGAAAUAGCACCGAUACCUCGGACCCAGACCUUGGGCGACGCCAAGUCACCUCACGAGCCUCGUCAGUCUGCGGGUACUACAACGGCGACCCGACCAAGUCACGUACAGCCGACCCGGGAUACGGCUGCCGCGAAGACAUUGCUCAUGGGUUGUGGGGGUUCUGUCCCACAACCGUACUUGCUGCUACUGAUUGUGGGCUGGCUGGGAACUGCAUUGACUCCCACGACUGCAAGUUUGGUUGCGGCAAGACGGGAAUCAAGGGUCUUACGACCUUUACGUGUUCCGAGGAAAAGUUUUGCUCUACUGUGAUUCUCGCUGGAAAUUUCGAGGGGGCGUUCUCGUAUAUCGCUUGCGGUGCAAAAGCCACCGUGGAAACACUGCUGAAGGAGCCCACAAUAGUAGCCGUUCCCAGUGUUACCAUUACUCCCGAACCAUCAACUUCAUCUAGGGCAUCAACCUCUGAACCUACAUCAGAGUCUGUUGCAUCAACAUCCUCAGUAGUGGCGUCAUCACCUGUAUCGAGUCCCCAACUGGAAACGUCCCCUGCUUCGACACAGUCAUCAAUACAGUCCGCUCCGCCAGCAAGCGAGACGACCUCGCCCGCAAACGAAACAAACGAAGAAAAGUCAUCUGAUGAAGCGCAGAGCCACAUGGGCGCCAUAAUUGGGGGCGUUGUGGGUGGCGUUGGCAUGAUCUGCAUCACAGUCGUGACGGCCGUCUACCUCCUCCGCCGCAACAAGCACAACAAGGAGCCUCGGGAGAAGCGGACGAGCCGGUUCCGUUCGUGGGGCAGGUCGUCAUCGAAGCCUCCCUCAUACAAUCGGAGCGAGGCCGCUCAGGAGGAUACGCAGGUACAGUAUAAUACCGAGAGUAACAAGGCAUACGCCGGGUGGGGGCCAGCCGAGGUUUACGGCUCGGAACCGUGGAGGAACCCGACUGUGCCCGUGGAGCUACCAGGAGCGCCUCCUGCGGAGCUUCCAACUAGAGAGUACCGAUGAGUGUUGUUGCAUGAGACAUCACGUGAGGGAAAAUACAUAGAUUUGGGGGGAUACAUGUACAUACAAGGAGGGGACAGGAGUUUACAUAGCGACCCAUUAUGACUGAUGAGAUAUUCCUUUCGGCAUAGCUGGUCCAUAAAGUUUUAUUCAAUCUUCAUCGAAC